AUGAAUGGCUUGGUGUAGUUAUAUCUGAAUCAGAACAACAAGUUACUCUGCAACUAACUCACUCAUCCUUGAAUCAAUCAGUGUUGGUGUCAGUAGUUUAUGCUAAGUGUGCUAGAGAUGAGAGGGAAGAGUUGUGGGAAGCUAUGGUGGAGUUAGCAAAUCAGCAAGACCUUCCUUGGAUUAUAGGAGGGGACUUUAAUGUCAUAGUCUCUGAUGAGGAGAAGCAAGGUGGUCUUCCAGUCUCAUCCAAUGAGACACUGGACUUUUCCACUUGUAUACAAAUUUGUGGUUUGAUUGAUGUAGGAUUCACUGGAAGCAAAUUCACCUGGUGGAAUGGGAGAACUGAAGAGGAGUGUAUUUUUAAAAGUUUAGAUAGAAUACUUUGGAACACUUAUGGGAAUAUUUUUCAGCAGAUUGCCACUAUAGAAGAUACUAUAAAGGUGAAGGAGUUGCAAUUUCAAAAUAAUGCUUCAAGGGAGAAUAGAAUGCAGUUACAUCAAGCACAGGCUGAACUAACUAGAUUUUUACACUUGGAGGAGGAGUAUUGGAAGCAGAAAGCUGGUAUGAAAUGGUUCAAUGAUGGAGACAGGAAUACAAAAUUCUUCCAUUCAUAUGUGAGGGGCAGGAGGAAUAAAUUGACUUUGAAAAGAAUACAAGAUCCAACUGGUACAUGGCUGGAAAAUGAAGUAGCUAUUGGUUCGAGGCUAUCGGAGUUCUUUAAGUCACAGUUUAGUGAAGAAAACUCGGGGUGGGGAUUAUGCAUUGUUGAAAAAUAUCCCUAA